AUGAGGGAAGCUGCUGCUGACAACCCGAAUUCGGAAGAGCAAGGCGGAGGAGCUCCAACCGCUAACAAUGGUAGAGAUUAUGGACUUCAUCACGAUCAGCAGCAGAAGGCGGCGGCGCCGGAGAUGGACGCCGGAGCGCUUUUCGUUCUCAAGUCCAAAGGGUCGUGGGUGCACUGCGGGUACCACUUGACGACGUCGAUAGUUGGGCCGCCGCUGCUGAGCCUGCCGUUCGCCUUCACGCUUUUGGGCUGGGCCGGCGGAGUCGUGAGCCUGGCGGCGGCGGCGCUCGUGACGUUCUACUCCUACAACUUGCUCUCCCUCGUCCUCGAGCACUACGAUCAGAUGGGCCGCCGGCAGCUCCGGUUCAGAGACAUGGCCAACCAAAUCCUCGGCCCAAAAUGGGGCCGUUAUUGCGUCGGCCCAAUCCAGUUCAUCGUUUGCUACGGCGCAGUUGUGGGCUGCACUCUUCUUGGAGGUCAAUGCAUGAAGGCAAUCUACGUGUUACUGAACCCAGACGGAACGUUAAAACUGUACAUGUUCGUCACCAUCUUCGGUUGCUUCAUGCUCACGCUAGCACAGAUCCCGUCCUUCCACUCCCUCCGCCACAUCAACCUCCUCUCCCUGCUCCUCUGCCUCGGCUACAGCGCCUGCGCCACCGCCGCCGCCAUCCACAUCGGCAGCUCCUCCUCCUCUUCGCCGCCGAAGGAGUACUCCGUCCCCGGUGAUGACACCGCGGACAGGCUAUUCGGCGUCUUCAACGCCGUCGCCAUCAUCGCCACCACCUGCGGCAACGGGAUCAUCCCGGAGAUCCAGGCCACGGUGGCGCCGCCCGUGAAGGGGAAAAUGUUCAAGGGGCUCUGCGUCUGCUACGCCGUCGUUUUGGCUGCCUUCUUCAGCGUGGCGAUUUCUGGGUAUUGGGCUUUUGGGAACCGGGCCCAAGGGCUUGUGUUGAGCAACUUCGUGGAUAAUGGGCGGCCCCUUGUCCCCAAGUGGUUUGUUCUGAUGGUCAACGUCUUCACCAUUCUUCAGCUCUCCGCCGUGGCCGUGGUAUACCUGCAGCCAACAAACGAGGUGUUGGAAGGAACCUUCGGCGACCCAAAGAGCAAGCAAUUCUCGGCGCGUAACGUCAUCCCGAGGGUGCUGUCGAGGUCCCUGUCGGUGGUUUUCGCGACCACCGUGGCGGCGAUGCUUCCGUUUUUCGGAGACAUCAACGCUCUCAUCGGAGCCUUCGGUUUCAUCCCACUUGAUUUCAUCCUGCCCGUGAUCUUCUACAACUUGACGUUCAAGCCUUCGAAGAGGAGCCUCGUCUUCUGGCUCAACUCCUCCAUCGCGGUCCUUUUCUCGGCGGUCGGAGCCAUCGCCGCUGUCGCCGCCGUCAGGCAAAUCAGCCUCGACGCCAAGGCUUAUCGGCUGUUCGCCAAUGUAUGA